AUGGAGUAUGAUGGUUAUGUGAAUGGUGGGAACUCAUCUGAUGACUCGGACGACGAGGAGCUCAUGUUGGCCUUUGCUGCCUUUAUUCUUGCUGGAUUGGCCUUAUUCGACCCGUACAUCAACUCGGGCCAACGGCGAAGAAUUCGAGAUAGUGCACAGUCAGGUCCUCAAUAUGUUAUAGAGCUGAUAAACGGCCAUCGAGACAGAAUAUUCGACAACCUUCGAAUGGAAGCUCCCCUUUUCCGUCAAUUGUGUGACUUGUUGGUUCAAAGGGACUAUUGGGUGCCCCACCCGACACAACGGGUGGGGAUUCAUGAGUCCGUUGCUAUAUGCCUGCUGUGUUUGAGCCAUAAUGAGCGACAUAGGGUGCUUGCCGACAGAUUCCAACAUUCUCCCGAGACAACGGACCGCCAUCUACGACGCUGCCUUAGAUCUCUCGUUCGAUUGGGACGCGACCUGGUCCGACAGGAUUGCGUUGGAGCGAUUGACGGAGCACAUGUUUCGGCCUGGUGUACAGCCGAAGACAGGGAACGUUACCGGAACCGGCAUGGGAAGUAUUACACGGUGGACGCAGCUUACCAGAAUAUGCCAGGAUUUAUGGCUCCAUUUAAAGGUGCACGGGGAACCGCGCAAGAGCGGGCAGUGAGGAUACUCUUCAACAAACGCCAUGCAUCGUUAAGAAACAUUAUAGAACGUACGUUUGGCGUCUUGAAGAAACGAUUUCCAAUACUUAAGGGCCCUAUGCAGAAUUACAUGAUGGCUACGCAAAAUAAUAUUGUCCUAGCUUGUAUGGCCUUGCACAACUUCAUGCGCGAGUAUGUUCCAAAUGAUGCAUAUUUUGCUGAAGAAGAAGCAGAUAUAGCAUUGGCAGAUAACAUAAACCCCUUCAACCCAAUGCCCGCAGCACAAGGAUCAGAUAUGUCGGCUGCAGGAAUUGCUGAAUGGAAUGAAAGUAGGAGAGCAAUAGCCGAUAUGAUGUACUAUUAUCAGCACCAGUAG